CGAUAAUCACGCGAGAUCCAAACAACAAUGGUGGAAAAUAUUUCAGCGAGUCCUAAAACUAUCAAUAAAUCGUGUGAUUUGCCGUCGAAUUAGGUGUUUAUUUUACUAAUGUCAUGAGCCUACUGCUCCUUAUACACAUACACAAUGGAAAGCAGCAUCGUGAAGGAUUUUCAGAACUUGCAGGUGAUAUCGCAUAAAGAACUAAGAAGAAUGGAUGCACUGGUGAAUGAUCUCGCCAAUGCUUUAGAGGAGACUUCUAAGAUGACAAAGUCUCUGAGUGGGGACAAUCUAUCAGUCACACCCCCUGUUAGGAGGUACAGUAAAAAACGACGAGGUAGAAAACGGUUGAACAAAAAAUACCAAGCAUUUAGUGAAGCCUCUGAAAGCAGCUUGGACGAAGCAUUGAAAGGAUACAUGGGAAACAUGUUAGCUUAUAGUGACUCUGAUGAUUUGUUGGCUGUUAAGAGACUCACAGCAGUUUCCCUUCCAUUGGUCAACAAUCAUGUCUCAUUUGAAUCAGAUUCUUUCACAGAGAACUUCUCUCCAAUCAGGGUGCACCGUAGGCGUAGAAAGUGCAAGCGUAUGGCAAUAGAUGUCAGUUCAGAUCACCCAGGGUUAGCAGGGCCAUCUAUAAUAGUUGACGAUGGAACACUUACCAAAAAAUCAAAAUCAAAGACAAAAAACACUUCGGAUUUAGACCUAUGUGACUCUGACACAAAUGACUCUAAACCAAAUGACGAUACUCAAACUCAAGUCCAACAUGUAACACUAGGGAAACGAAAGAGGAGAAUGAAAAUGGCCAGCAGCUUUGAUAACAGUGAUGUUGUUGCCAACCAAGAUGAAAAUUCAAAUGCAUCUGUACUGUCUAAUUGUCGGAUGGAAACUAGUAGUGUUAUGGGAGAGAGCAGUAGUUCCUGGAGUAGCUGUGAAAGUGUACAUAGUGACAUAGGCAGCUACACCAAUGAUGAUGCAAGGGAAGGAGAUGAUGAACAAAGUGACUUCUUCCAUGAGUCAGGGCCAGCAUGUGGCAUAGCUAAGGUUAUACCCUGGUGGGAGAAAUCAGAAAAUGCAGAGAAAGAAAAGCCAGAUCCAGAGUUUGAGCAGAUCUUAACUGGGAGUUUUGGAACCAUGAGCUGUGCUGCAUUGAGAAACUUUAAAUCUAGAGUCAACAAAAUGAUGGGAACACAUGGAAGAGAGAUUAGAUCAGGACGUCGUCGGAUUAAAGAUCAGUUGAAGGGAGGUUGUUAUGGCAGCAAGUACCAACAAGAUAGACUUCAAUGGUCAGAUGCAUCCAACUCAAAGUUUCCACAAUGGCCCAGCAAUGGCAAUGGAUCAAACACUUCAGUUGAUAUUAAGCGGCGUAGAAAAACUCCUCCUUCCAGUCCAGUGAAUGUUAAAGAAGGACCAGUUGGAUUGAAUGCAGAUCCAAUACCAGAUACUAACAUUGGCAAUCAAAUGCUACAAAAUAUGGGCUGGACCCCGGGGUCAGGACUCGGGGCCACAGGAGAGGGAAUCACUACGCCUGUCCAGGCUUAUAUGAGACCUCGACGACAAGGCCUUGGAGUUAAGAAACCCUCCAGUAAUUAACAAUGUUUAAUAUUGGAAGUGCUACAUUUUGACACUGUCCACUGAAGAUGCUUUUACAUGCCUUGUAUGAUACAAAGAAAUUAUUGAAAAACAUUGUUUUUGCUUAAAACAGCUUUGCAAUUUUAAAGUGAAUGUUUUUGUAUAGGCCUAGUCCUAUUUUAUAUGAAAUACUAUAUUUUAUCAUGAUUCAUGAUGCACUGUUACUAACAUAUUAGUCAAUCCAGUUGUUAUAACAAAUUUUGUUACUGGCUUUUGACAUUGAGAAAAUGACUGGACAUUGAGUAAAUGACUGGACAUUGAGUAAAAACC